ACAUACUCUCUCUGCAACCCCAGACAGCCAGGAGCAGCUUGAUGCUCAUGAGCAAAUAUUGAUGGUGCUGUACUUUACAAUGUGGAGAUCAGAGAGAGAGGGUGAACGCUGGGACUAGACUGGACUUACACUGGGGAAAUCAACAGGAAAGAAUACGGUGUAUCUUCGUUUCUUACAGGAUUGGACUGGAAAUAAUUUACUUCCAUCAUCUUUAUUCUGAGCUGAGGUCCAUCCAGAUUUGUGAAUGAAUGAGUGGGUGGGCCCCGAAGUAAAUGUGGUGGGACCACUACAGAUCCCACACAACGAUGGAUUCCCAUUGUCCGAGAACUCACACUUCUUUGAUAUUCUGGCAGAUCAAGGGAGCCCUCUGCUCCAGGACCAAGAGGUCUUAUCCUUCACCAACUAUCCCAGCAUGCAAUACCCCUCGGUGGAGCCCACCAUGUCCUCCCCUCCAUACUACUCCAAUCAGAAUUACUACCCCCAAUACAGCGUUGAGGAGUGGUACUCACCCACAGAGAUGUAUGAACUGAGGAAAGAACCCUUGGAAGGUAGCUACGAUGUUGAAAUGGAAGAGGCAUCCGCCAUAGUGCCUGCGGUGUGCAAGAGGACCAGGCACACUUCCCACGCAGGCAGGGUCAAAGGGGAGGAGCUGUGUGUGGUGUGUGGGGACAAGGCAUCUGGGUACCACUAUAACGCUCUCACCUGUGAGGGGUGUAAAGGCUUCUUCAGACGGAGCAUCACAAAGAACGCCGUGUACAAGUGCAAGAGUAAAGGGACCUGUGAGAUGGACAUGUACAUGCGCAGGAAGUGCCAGGAGUGUCGUCUCCGGAAGUGCAAAGAGAUGGGCAUGCUGGCAGAAUGUCUGCUGACAGAGAUCCAGUGUAAGUCUAAAAGGCUGAGGAAAAACACCAAGGCCUCACCAGGAGAGUCCACUUGGGACGAGACAGAGGGUGGAGACAACGGAGACACCAAGCAGGUCACUUCCACCACCAAACUGUCAAAGGAGAAGAUUGAGCUCAGUCAAGAGCAGCAGGCUAUUUUGAGCUUCAUCGUAGGAGCUUACCAGAAACAUCGAAUCCCUCAAGACAUGGCCAAAAAACUGCUACAGGAGCAUUUCAAUGCAGAUGAGAACUUCCUCCUUUUGACAGAGAUGGCCACCAGUCAUGUUCAAGUGCUGGUGGAGUUUACCAAAAACAUUCCAGGUUUCUCUGCCCUGGACCAUGAGGAUCAGAUAGCUCUGUUAAAGGGCUCGGCAGUGGAGGCCAUGUUCCUGCGCUCAGCACAGGUGUUUACCAGGAAGCUACCCCAUGGACACACAGAGGUGCUGGAGGACAGGAUACGCAAGAGUGGAAUAUCAGAGGCGUUCAUUACACCCAUGUUCAACUUCUACAAAAGCAUCGGGGAACUCCAGAUGAUGCCGGAAGAACACGCCCUUCUCACCGCCAUUACCAUCCUGUCACCAGACCGGCCAUACCUGAAAGACCAGCAGGCAGUGGAGAGGCUGCAGGAGCCUAUGCUGGAGUUGCUCAGGAGGUUCUGUGCAAUGCAGCACCCGCUGGAGCCCCAGCACUUUGCCCGUCUCCUGGGACGGCUGACCGAACUGCGAACCCUCAAUCACCACCACGCCGAGAUGCUUACCUCUUGGCGCAUGAGCGACCACAAGUUCACCCCCCUCCUCUGUGAGAUCUGGGACGUACAGUGAAUGAUACAUAGAGGCUGCAUCGAUGGAUGGAUGAAUGGGGGAGAGGAGAGGACACCAAACAUUUCAACCUGACGCCUACCAUUUCAGUAGCUGCAACCAUUUCGAAAGCUGAACAUCGAACCAUUUCAGAACUUAUGACUGCGAUGCAAUAAGACAUGACACCGCUUUCAGAUGUUGGAAAUUGAUAUUGUGUAGGCUUUGCUCAGUUGUUCUGUGAGCCUUCGUGAUGGGCUACUUGAAUGUGACCCCCCGUUGCAGACCAAAGAAACUUGGAGACAUUAUUUAAAGAAAAGAUCUCCCAAUGGGAUAAUGGACUUAUAUUGUCAAGUCUGCCAGAUUUUGUAGAAAGUAAUUUCAUAACACCCCUAGUAUUGGCAAAUCAUCUUCUGACUAAUACACUUGUAGUCAUGAUAUUGUUUGGACCCAGGCACAGGAGUUUGGACUGGAUCAGUUUGACAUACGAUCUAUCUUGUGGUUUAUAAAUACACUGAACAAAAAUACAAUGCUCAAAAAAAUAAAGGGAACACUUAAACAACACAAUGUAACUCCAAGUCAAUCACACUUCUGUGCAAUCAAACUGUCCACUUAGGAAGCAACACUGAUUGA